CCAACAGUUAAUUAACGACGUCUUCGGUUUUCAAUUGUGUCUCGUUUGUUCUUUACUGCGAUGGAAGAAAACCCUUCGUCCAACGUUGCAACUCCGUCCGCUAGCAGACAAAAUACUUCCAGCAGGAUCACCAUACAUCUCGAUGUAGCCAACCUGGAGGAGAAAAGCCACCUUCGUAACAGUGUGAGGACAACGAGGACUUUGCAAGAGCAUCUGGAUCGCGAAACAUUGCCUUCCUCAGAUAAUUAUCAUCCCCAUUUUUUGAAGAUUGGAUCGCGUGCAACCCUUGAUGAACUUCAUCUUGGACACGUCUGUGAUCAAAAGAAUGAAGAGGCGGCACAGGAGACGGUAGCUGGAGGUGUGAAAUUUGGUUGGGUUCAAGGUGUGCUCGUCCGAUGUUUGCUAAACAUCUGGGGUGUUAUGCUUUUCCUUCGCUUGUCUUGGGUUGUGGGACAAGCGGGCAUCGGUGAAGCUAUUCUAGUUGUCUUGCUGGCCACAGCUGUCACGAUUAUGACGACCCUGUCCAUGUCGGCCGUCAGUACUAACGGCCAAAUUAAAGGGGGAGGAACGUAUUUCAUGAUUUCGCGUUCCCUUGGUCCGGAAUUUGGAGCAGCCAUUGGCAUCAUCUUUGCUUUAGCUAACGCUAUGGCCGUCGCACUUCACACGGUUGGUUUCUGCGAAGCGCUUUCUGACAUGCUCAAAGAGUACUGGGCAAUCCAGAUUGUUGAUGGAGGACUCAAUGAUAUCAGAAUCAUUGGUUCUGUUACCCUUGUUGUUCUGGGCCUCAUCGUUGGCAUUGGAAUGGAAUGGGAGGCUAAGGCCCAAUUGUUAUUUAUGGGAAUUUUAGUCGUCGCUUUAACCAAUUUUGUUGUGGGAAGCAUCAUAGGUCCCUCCACAGUCGACGAGUUGGCUAAAGGCUUCGUCGGUUACGAACUGGAAUUAGCGACGACUAAUUUUUAUUCCGAUUAUCGCGUCUCAAACGGAUUGCAACAGAAUUUCUUCUCCGUUUUCGCAAUCUUUUUCCCAGCUGCAACUGGCAUUUUAGCUGGCGCAAACAUCUCGGGUGAUUUGAAGAAUCCUUCGAGAGCUAUUCCUAUCGGCACUUUGCUGGCCAUCGUCAUCACAUCGUUUUCGUACAUCUUGUUUGCCAUUAUUGCGGGCGUUACCGUUAUGCGGGACGCUACGGGAGACCCGGCUAAUUACACCGAUAAUGGAACAGUAAGUGAUUACAUGGCAGUCUGCCUCGGCCAGGAAUGCGAGUGGGGAUUGCAGAACAGUUACCAAGUCAUGACUUUGGUAUCGGCAUUCGGCCCGCUCAAUUACGCCGGUUGCUUUGCUGCAACCCUCAGUUCGGCUCUGGCCUGCUUCGUUUCUGCUCCUAAAAUCUUUCAGGCCUUAUGCAAUGAUCGCAUUUUUCCUUACCUGCACGUCUUCGGUAAAGGAUAUGGCAAAAAUAACGAGCCUCUUCGUGCUUAUGCUCUUGCCUUUCUCAUCGCUUUGGCCUGCAUUCUCAUUGCCGAUCUGAACACGAUCGCUCCACUGAUUACCAACUGUUACUUGGCGUCUUACGGACUAGUCAAUUUAUCCACCUUCCACGUCGACCUGUUCAAACCUGUUGGAUGGCGUCCUACCUUUCGCUACUACAACAAAUGGUUGAGCCUUUUAGGUUUUGCUCUCUCCUUAGCUGCCAUGUUCUUGUGCAGUUGGCCCACAGCUCUCGUGACGUCCGCGUUAGUCUUCACAUUCUUCCUCGUAGUUAAAUAUCGGAAACCAGAUGUCAACUGGGGCUCGUCGACACAGGUGCAAAUUUACAAGGCAGCGUUAAGCAAUGUGCAACAGUACAGCAACACCGACGAACACAUCAAGACAUACACGCCACAAAUUCUUGUCAUGACGGGACCACCAAACAUGCGACCUUCCCUCGUCGAUUUUGCCAAACUAUUCUGCAAAAACAGUUCGCUUAUGGUGUGCGGUGACAUCGUUCAGGAGCGGCUGAGUCACAGCCAACGUUCAGAACGGACUAAGAAAUCAUUGCGAUGGCUUCGUGCUCAUAAAACCAAAGCCUUCUAUUCAGUGGUGGACAGCUUUUCAUUCCCAGUCGGAGUAAGAGCUUUAUUACAAGCUACUGGAGUCGGAAAAUUGAAACCGAACAUCCUCUUGCUCGGCUAUCAAAGCGAAUGGCGCACCAGUAAAAAUAGUGAAAUAGACGACUAUUGUGCAGCCGUCAACACGGCUUUGGAGAUGCAUAUUGGUGUGGCAGUGCUACGCGUACAAGAAGGACUCGAUUUCACGGGCAUUAUUGGGGAUUUCGAUGUCAAGGCCCCUGAUAACGGCAAACAAACAACGGAAGGAAACGACAAUCCAGCAUUUGAUGAUUCACCGGAAGUCAACAUUGCCUCAGUAUUCACUGCCUUCGAUGAUAUUAACAAUAUCGAUGGAGAAGUGACAACAGCCUCGGCUGAUGAUUAUCUGAAAAGUAAGCAAAACGGUGAGGGCGCAGUUGCUGCUAAGAAGAUGAAACACUUGAAGAAGUCUAGUGUUGUUUUUAAGGAUCCCCGUGGCAACGAGUUGUCUUCUGAAGUGCAACACAGCAUCUGUCGUUUUCGUAUGAAGCAAAAACGGGGCACUAUCGAUGUGUGGUGGCUCUACGAUGACGGUGGCCUAUCGAUGUUACUACCCUACAUCUUGACAACACGUUCCAAUUGGGCUAAAUCCAAGUUGCGUGUUUUCUGCUUGGCCGAUGCCAUUGAGGAGCAGAGCAGUAAGCGGAAAAGCAUGGAGCUUCUAUUGAGAAAAUUCCGUAUAUCCGUAUCGGAUGUCAUUGUCGUUCCUGAUUUGACGGAUUUGCCUACUACCCAAACCAAGGUCUGGUUCGAUGCCCUGACUAGGGAUUUUGUCCGCAAAGAUGAUGAUUCAAGCAUCCCAGAUUCCACGAUGCCAACGAUCAAAGAGUCGGAGCUGAUUGCCCAAAAGCCCAAAACGUUUAACUUCAUGAAACUAAGAGAAUUGCUGCUGCAGUACUCAACUGACGCAAAUCUCGUAGUAAUGACACUGCCCAUCGCAAAAGGAAGAGUUAGCGGUCCGCUUUACAUGAGCUGGAUAGAAAUGUUGACGGCCAACAUGCCACCGUUUCUUCUCGUCCGGGGCAACCAAACAUCUGUCCUCACUUUUUAUUCUUAAACCUAUUUUUUUUUUUAUAUUCGUCGUAUGCCACAUUCAUACCGUAUUCGUUUUGCAACCACACAAUUAGCCCAAUUUUAAUGAUGGUUGUGGUAUAUCAGAAGUAAGGGAAGCAAUUGCGGGAACGAUAAGCCUUUAAAGGUUUAACCAAGAUCCUGUUUGUUAUUUUUUGAAAGUUAUGAAAACAAAGCUUUGUGUAUACCUCAUGUCGCGUGCAAAAAUGCUGGGUCACAUGUUACGAAAUAAAAAUUUCCCCCAUCGUGA